AUGUCCAAGGCAGACGAAGGACGUCUGAUACAUAUUGCCAAGAAACGUGAACGUGCUAAGGAAGCAAUCGAGCAAAGGCGGCGGAAACUAGAGGAAGAAACGAAGAGUCUGAAAUCAGGCAUCACGACAAAAUUCACGGCGAAUUACGAUGCUAUAGAAGAUUCUCUAAAAACUAGUACUGUUGGUUUGGUAACGCUGGACGAAAUGCGAGAAAAGCAACGAGAUGUGGUUGAAGCGAGGUUUUACAAUCAGUUUUUGCUUUUAGAUUGCUCGGACAUCUACAGCUCGAUAUAA